GACAUCCACCGCUACGGGGAGGCAUCCCAUUCGCAUCACUAUCUUCCCAAUCUCGCGAAUAAUCGAGAGAGAGAGAGAGAGAGAGAGAGAGAGGCGACGAGACGGCGAUUGCUCGGUUCUCCCGCGGGCGGCGGCGAGCCGGCGAGGGCUUCUCCGGUGGGGGGCGGCGAGCUAUCCUAGCGCCCGCCUUGGGAGCGCUCUCGCGGAUCUCCUUUGGAGCUUUGAUAGCAUAGCAAGGUCAUGGCAGAGGUUGCAGAUUUAACUGGGGAUGGAGGUGUUCUUAAGACGGUGGUCAGAAAAGCAAAGGAUGAUGCUAUAGCUCCAACUGAUAGUCUUCCCUUGGUUGAUGUUCAUUAUGAAGGCACACUCGCUGAAAAUGGUGAAGUUUUCGACACCACUCAUGAAGACAACUCUAUUUUCUCAUUUGAAAUUGGGCAAGGAGCUGUCAUUAAAGCAUGGGAUAUAGCUUUAAGAACUAUGAAGGUUGGUGAAGUUGCAAAAAUAACAUGCAAGCCAGAAUACGCAUACGGAAGUGCAGGGUCGCCGCCAGAGAUUCCACCCAAUGCAACACUCAUUUUUGAGGUGGAGUUAGUGGCUUGUAGGCCUAGGAAAGGUUCAAGCCUGGGCAGUGUUUCUGAUGAGAAAGCCAGGCUAGAGGAACUAAAGAAGCAGCGAGAGCUAGCUGCUGCCACCAAGGAGGAAGAGAAAAAGAAGAGGGAAGAAGCGAAGGCUGCUGCAGCAGCUCGUGUCCAAGCCAAACUUGACGCGAAGAAGGGGAAGGGAAAAGGAAAGGGAAAAUAGAUGACUAGUAUUUGCUUCUGACUACUGUAACCUAGAAAUAAUCCGCAACAAAUCAUCAUCUGCAAGAUUGCUUGUUGGCUACUGUUCAUCAGAUGCUGCGUUGUUGCUCCUGUUUGACACCAUGGCUGUACUGAUAGAACAAAAUUGUAGUUAACGUUUUCACAAAUCAUCACAUGCAAUCAUUGACCGGUUAUUGGUUAAUGAUUGCAUCUUCAUAUCUGAUGAUAUACCGCGUCUCUGUAAGUUAAUGCUCAACUUACACGAUUUUAUCGGAUAUUGAGGAGUUGCCCUUU